CAGGAAGGCCCGGGCGGGGGGCCCGCGCUGGGCAGGGAGCCCGCUUCCCGGCUCCGAGCCGGCCGGGAGCCCCGGGGUGCUCCCCAACAGGUAACUGUUCAGUCCUCACCUAAUUUUACACAGCAUGUGAGGGAGCAGAGCCUGGUGACGGAUCAGCUCAGCCGCCGCCUAGUCCGGACCUACCAGCUCUACAGCCGCACCAGCGGGAAGCACGUGCAGGUCCUGGCCAACAAGCGCAUCAACGCCAUGGCAGAGGACGGGGACCCCUUCGCAAAGCUUAUCGUGGAGACAGACACCUUUGGGAGCAGGGUUCGAGUCCGUGGGGCUGAGACUGGGCUCUACAUUUGCAUGAACAAGAAGGGGAAGCUCAUCGCUAAGAGCAACGGCAAGGGCAAAGACUGCGUGUUCACGGAGAUCGUGCUGGAGAACAACUACACGGCCCUGCAGAAUGCCAAGUAUGAGGGCUGGUACAUGGCCUUCACGCGCAAGGGCCGGCCCCGCAAGGGCUCCAAGACGCGGCAGCACCAGCGGGAGGUGCACUUCAUGAAGCGGCUGCCCCGGGGCCACCACACCACAGAACAGAGCCUACGCUUUGAGUUCCUCAACUACCCACCUUUCACACGCAGCCUGCGUGGCAGUCAGAGGACUUGGGCCCCCGAGCCCCGGUAG